CAUGCCUUUUCUCAGAAAGAGGCUGAAGAGUUCGACGUUCAGCUUCCGGGAGCCCAGCAGGCCGAGGCCUUCGUGAGGGCCUUCCUGAAGCGCAGCACGCCCCACAUGAGCCAGCAAGCCCGCGAGGACCAGCUGCAACGCAAGGCUGUGGUCCUGGAGUACGCCACUCGCCGGAAGCGCAAGAAGAGAAAGAAAUCCAAGGGCCUCUCUGCCAGGCAGAGGAGGAAGCCGCACCUCUUCGACAUUAAGCCAGAGCAGCAGAGGUAUGCCAGGGCUUUCCUGCCUUUCUCCCUGAGCUGGCUGCAGAAGUUCAUAGACCUGUGUGCCCCUUCAGAGCUCUCGCUCAUGGUCAGCACGGAGGCCUUCUGCUUACCUUCUAGGCAGCCGCACAUGAUUCAGGCCAAGCUGUUGAAGGCAGAUCUUCAUGGGGCUCUCGUUUCAGUCACAAAGUCCAAAUGCUCGUCCUAUGUGGGUGUUACAGGAAUCCUCCUACAGGAAACAAAGCACGUUUUCAAAAUCCUCACCAAAGAAGACCGCCUGAAAGUUAUCCCCAAGCUGAACUGUGUAUUCGCAGUGGAAAUCAAUGGCUUCAUUUCCUACAUUUAUGGAAGCAAAUUCCAGCUUCGGUCAAGUGAACGAUUUAACAAGAAAUUCAAAGCAAAGGGAACAGCUGACCUGUAG